GGUUAAGUAUAUAAAGGCGCUUUGAAUUCCUCUGUUACAAUCAUGAGUCUGAGAGAAAUGGAAGAUGUAAAGGUGGAAAUGAAGGUAAGGAAGAAUGAGAAUGAAGCGUUGGAAACGGGUUUGGCAGAGAGAUCGAUGUUGCUGAUGAAAGCUCCAUCUCUCGUCGCGAGUUCUCUCCAAUCUCAUUCUUUUCCUGACGAUCCGUACCGUCCUGACGAUCCGUACCGUCCUGACGCCAAAGUCAUCCUCGGCGUCGAUCCUCUGGCUCACGAGGACGAAGGGACCCAAUUCGUAAUGGAAUUAGCUCGAGCUGACUCUGGAAACAUGCCGAGGCGUUACACUUUGGAUAUGUCUAAAGAUUUUAUUCCUAUGAAUGUUUUCUGUGAGUCUUCAGAUGGAAAGAUGUCAGUAGAAGGGAAGAUAAAGAACAAAUUUGAUAUGAGGCCUCAUAACGAAAAUAUUGAAAGCUAUGGGAGAUUGUGCCGUGAAAGAACAAACAAGUAUAUGGGCAAAAAUAGACAGAUCCAGGUUGUUGUAAAGUGGUGUGUGGUGACUUGGAGUUUCAAACAAACCUCCUCUGCAUUUUUCCAUGAUCAUGUUUCUGGUUUCUUGACCAGGUCAUUGAUAAUGCCAGAGGAAUGCAUAUGAGGCCAAUGCCAGGAAUGAUAAUCCCAACCGCGGCUCCGGAAAAGAAAAAAUUGACGAACAGGACAUCAGAAAUGAAGAGAACAAGAAGGGACCGUAGAGAGAUGGAGGAGGUGAUGUUUAAUCUCUUUGAAAGACAAUCAAAUUGGACUCUGAGGCUGCUCAUUCAGGAAACUGACCAGCCAGAGCAAUUCCUGAAAGACUUGUUGAAAGAUCUAUGCAUAUACAACAACAAAGGGAGCAACCAAGGAACUUAUGAGCUGAAGCCUGAAUAUAAGAAAGCCACUCAGGAAUAGGUUUGGUCAAAAGGUUUUUUCAGGGUUUGUUUUGGAUACUAUCUUUUGAUUAUCUAUAGUGAGGUUAAGCUUGAUCAGUUACUUAAAUUGUAACUGAUCUUCAUGGCUAUAAUAAGAAAGGAAGGUUCGUUCAAUUGUAUGCCUUAAGUAUUCACAAUAUUAACGUAACUAAUCAUUUUUAGUGAUGCUUUAGAAAG